UAUGAUCGUCUUUAUAGACACUUCCGAUAAUUAAAAGCCCCGUAGAAUUCAUAAUCCGUCUUUUGGGUAUUCUUUGAAAUGGGCAAUAGAUUGGGUUUCGGUUGUUCGCAGGAGAACACUUAUCCGGAAAACUCUUUGGAAAUUCGUACUGAACAGGGAGUAUACCGGAUUAAUGUAAGUCGACCACGCGGACACGGAAAUAUCUACGUGCGCGGUCGAGGAAGCAUCUAUAUGCGAGGUCGUGGCAGAACCUAUGGUAUUUGGAGUACCCAUGUCCGCAGUGGAUAUGUGACCUUUGAAAGGACCAAUGGACACGGCUUUCGCAGCUAUAACGCAAUCCAUCAGAAUGUGGCAGCGAUCGAAGGCCAAGAUCAUGACGAAGAAGACGCUCCGGACCAGGCAGGUAACUCGGGCGUCGAGGUUUUAGAAAACUCAUCAACGGAUGGGGACUUCGAGGACGCCGAGCAAAACAACUAACUAAAGUCGGGAAAAGUUAGACCCCAAAAAUAACGUAUUGUAAUAUAAGUUAGGCUUGUGAUACAGGGGAACAUAUUUAACCAAUGUCAAGUUGGAGUAAUUAUAUAUUUUUUUCAGUUAACCUAAUACUUGUUAAGUUUAUAAUAACAAUAACAAUAACGGAUAAAAACAGUA